UUGCCCACUCAAAACGCUAGCUUCUUCCGACCACCACCACCUAUCUCCAAUGGUGCGCGUCCGCCUUCCCAAGCAUCCUCCGACUCCCUGAGACGAGGAGGAGUCGGAGUCGGAGCCGGAGGACGAGGACGAGGAGUCGUCUGAGACAGGGCCGAUGCUGCCGGUGGGCGCGGAGGCGGAGGUGCGCAGCAGCGACGACCCCGGCUUCGCCGGCUCCUUCUACGAGGUCACCGUCACCGGCCACCGCGGCCGCGGCUACACGGUGCUCUACUCCACGCUCGUGGCCGAGGACGGCGGCCCGCUCGAGGAGGCCGCGGCCGCUGCCGACGUGCGCCCGCGGCCGCCGCGGGAGGAGAGGCGGGAGUUCGCGGUCCACGAGGCCGUGGAGGCGCUCCACAACGACGGGUGGUGGGCCGGCGUGGUCGCCGCCGUUCUGGCCGGCGCCGCGCCGACGGUGUACCAGGUCGCGUUCCCCACGUCGCGGGAGACGAUGGAGUUCCCAGCCUCCGCGCUGCGGCCGCACCGCGUCUUCCAAGCUGGCCGCUGGAUCCCAGCUGCGCAACUGGGCGAUGGACAACCUUUGUUUCACGAGGGAACCCAAGUGGAAGUGAGCCGGUCCGAAAAAAGCUUUGGUGAAUCCUGGCGUCCAGCUUAUGUCCUUAAAGUGAUUGGUGCUACAAAUUUCUUAGUGAAGUACACGCAUGUUGGAAACAACGGGGCAUUAGCCACUGAGAUUCUAGAUUCUCAAUAUAUUCGGCCGGCGCACACCGCUCGUAAGUACAGAUUUUCUCGAUCUUCUCGUGUUGAGGUAAUGCAUGAAGGUAGCUGGUGGCCUGGUGUUAUUAUGGAGGUUCCAGUUAGUGGAGUCGGGAAUAAGUAUGUAGUAAAACUGAAGAGCCAUGAGACAGGCAUAGAUGUGUUGACGGUUGAAAAUACGCAGCUAAGGCCACCAUUUUGCUGGGACCGUAAAAACUGGUUACUCUCCCUGGAAAAGAAAUCUGCUACUGUACCUAAGCUGGCUUCUCGAAAAAGGCCAAUUUCUUCAGGCUUGUCAUUACAUAAGGAAGCUGGUGAAACCAGUGAUGAACAUGGUUCUCAUCGUGAAAAGAAGUUGAAGAAUGCAGAGUUAGCAUCAGAAACAAUUCCCCCUUUCUCGAUUGUUUUUAAUCAAAGCUCUGAAUUCAAGCACCAUUUCAGCUCUUAUCCCAAAGAAACAACGAAACAAGGAAAUGCAAUGUUCGCACCUCCUUCAUUGGUCCUAAUGGCUGGAUUUUCACAUCUAAGUGGUUCUUCACUUGCUCAAAUUAGUAGUAUAAAACAAGCAUAUUCUCAGAAGAGUAUCAAGCCGUGUGCACCGGUACCGCGAAGUCGACAGUUACAGGGUUCGCUGCUUGAAACUUUUGGACAGACAAGGCCUCUCCCACAGGACCCACUUCUAGGAAUGCGAUCACGUAACCCUCAGAGUCAAAAGGAAGUGAUAGCUGCUCAAAGUAUCGAGGAAGCCAGAAACAUUGUUUCUAUGCCACAAGACCUGGCCAAGCUGAAAGAUGUUGAUGAUGAUGUUGAAGUACGUGAUAAUGUGACUGCUCGACCUGGAAUGAUUUCAGAAAUAAAUACAACGAAUUGUGUUGACCCAUCAAUGACACCAAAGGAUGCUGGAGGUCCGCAACAUGCCGUGUCACAGCAAGGUGGUGGUUCAACCAUGGACAACCGGCUUUCAGAAUCCUUGGCAAUCAAGCAUCUUCCGUUUGUGAAGACCUCUCCAGCGACAAUGGGAGUACUGCCUAAAGCGCCGCAGUUGGAAGCUUUGUUCUGCAGGAAGAAUAUGCACCACACCGAGCCACAAAAUGAUGAUGCUAUGAUGAAAACGUUGGAGGAGAAGAUUGCUCGCAAAGAAGCCGAGGACAGAGAACUCGGCGCGCAAAUGCGCGUGCUGGCUGUGGCUCUCCAUCAGUUGGGGUUAUAUGCCAGUCUCGUGCCAGUCUCGUGCGUGACAUGAUGCGGUCCGCUGUUUCCCAGAAGAUAAGCAAUGCUACAGAGAUCUCAAGACUCAAAAGCCAAGCAAGCGAGCUAGAACUCGGUCGGAAGUAUGCGCCUCCCCGCGCGUUAAGGUGAGUUUGGUGGGAACAUCUAUGUCUUGUACAGGUAGUUACUGGUGUUAAGUGGCAGAGACUCAGCAAGCAGCUAGAUGUAGCGUGUGUAAAUAGUAGUAGUAGUUCCUAAUGCCGUCAUAUACGGGUGAAUCUUUUGCAACCCUCUCUCUAUGUUAGUCCUGUUGUUGCAACCCUCCCUCUAUGUUAGUCCUGAUGUUGCAACCCUCUGCAGCAACCUGGAAUACCAGGUGUAAUAUAGUCUACCAGGUGUAAUAUAUAGUCUACCGAAGUGCAU